AUGCUGGCCGCAAGCGCCUGUAAGCAGGGCCGGGCACGAACCCGCACUGCUGUGGUUCUCUGCAUUCUUGCACUAGGCGAGAUCUGUUUCCACAAGGAUCGUAUUCCCGAUAUCGUUCCCACCUUCGGUGAGAUGCAUAGCAUAGGCUCCCUUAACUCUCAGCCAUGCGGUUCUCGAGGUUCCCCGGCCUUUCAAAACAAUGUGCCGUCGCACCCAAAACGCAGCAGGCGAGCCUCCUUCCAAAGUUCUGCUUCCACGUCAGGGCCGAGGAGAAACAUAGACGUAACACCAGGUCUACAUUAUCUGGCCAACGCCAUCGACGUUAUUGGUAAUCAAAUGGCAGGCAUGUCUAUUUGGCACGUGUACGCAAAUAUCCUGGCUGGUUUUUAUUACGGCCAGCUAGGGAGGGUUAUGGAGAGUUACUGGCAGAUCCAUUAUACCUGCGUCAAAGUCCAGCAUCUUUUCAGGAAAUGUAUCGUUUCCCUUUGGUAUGAAAAUGGCGUUGUUUUGGUUGCUAACGUUUCUGUCAAGCCACUUUUCUCGUUUUACCAGUGCCAACAGGAAAGAACAGGACGUUAAAGACAUUCGAUACUACCUAAUUUACUGGACUUGCAUGCAAUUGGAAUGUGAUAUUGUCGCCGAGUUAAAUUUGCAACAGUCGGGCAUAGGUAAUUACGAGCAGAGCAUACCACACCCCAAAUUGGAACAUAUAAUCGAGUCGUAAUUCUGAGGGUAGGUUUGGGGGCCCGAUCCUCACACGCUUUAAAAUGAAAAUUAAAAAAAUGGUUAAUUAUAAAAGGCAUAAAUAUCCCAUCCACCGCAUUAAUAAACCCAUAAAUAACUUUUAAUGCUCCCCGCUAUUAUUAAACUGUAAUUACAUAAAUAAC